GAGAGAGAGUGAGAGAGAGAGGCGGGGUUGCAGUGAUUGUUCUCAGUUGCGCUGUGGAUGGAUGGAGGGAUAGAGGGAUGGAGGGAGUACUGAUGGAGUUGACGGUGGAUUUUUGAAAGUAAAGGAGAAGAAAAGUGUCUCUCUUUUAUUCCUGUCGGACUGCUGAGUGACUUUACCUUCAUCACGAGCCCCAGCGGAGAGAGCGAGCGAGAGAGAGAGCGCAGUGAGGAUGGACAGAGGACAGUAAAAGAAGAGUUUCCAGCCGGUCAGCAGUCUACCUUCUGAUGAGCUGCUGUCCAUAAGUGGUGGCCACCAUGUUAUGUCACCAUGAUGACCACAUUGUUUGGUAACAUAGCUCAGCAGCACAGGAUGCUGGGAAAUACAAAGCGUUUUUUUUCAGCCUCAGAGGACAAGGAAGGGGAGGAUGAGGCGGAGGAGGAGGAGAGGAGGAGGAGAGAGAGGCAGAACGGAGUGAUGGAUGGAGAAGAAGAGAGUCAGAGAGGAGGCCGCCAAUCACGUGAGGGCAAGAUGGAGGGGCUAAAACCAGCUGCUAUCGUGAUCGGACGGCAAAGAGGGGACAGACAGCAGUGGAUGGCCAAUCCCGGCCACCGAGGGGUUCCUUACCCUUACUCGGCCAAUCAGGCGGUACUUCAUCAUCAGCCAGCCAGCCAACCAAUUCCAGUCAAUCAGCAGCAGCUUUACAAAGUUCUCACCAAUCAGCAAGUUCGGAGGCGUCACAUGGAGCGCAGCUUGACCACCAUCAGCCCGCUGGAGGACACAUACCUGACCAUGAUGGUGUUCCGCAUUGGGAUACCUGAUAUAAAACAAACGAAGUGUUUGAGGUUUGAUCCCGAUGCGACCGUGUGGAGUGUGAAGCAGCAGGUGAUGUGCUCCCUGGGUGAAUCCCUGUGGGACGUCUAUAAUUACGGCCUUUUCCAACCGGCCGGAGAGGGGCGGGACGCCUGCUUCCUGGAGGAGGAGCGAUCGCUGCGAGAAUACCCACAAUUCCUCGAGAUGGGCGUGCCUUACCUGGAGUUCAGGUAUAAGAGCAGGGUCUAUAAACAGACCAACCUGGAUGAGAAACACCUGGCCAAGCUACACACCAAGGCUAAUCUGAAGAAGUUUCUGGACUAUGUUCAGAACGGAGCUAUAGAGAAGAUGAGUAAAGCUCUGGAGAAAGGGCUGGACCCCAACUAUCACGACCCAGAGAGCGGAGAGACCCCACUGACACUAGCAGUGUUGGGGGGUCUUAGUGUGGAGGGGAUUCGGGUGCUGCUGCUAAACGGAGCUCAUCACGACUUCAGAGCCAGAGACGGAUUCACUCCACUGCAUAAAGCAGUUAGAGCCCACAACCACACCGCCCUGCUGACUCUUCUGUCUUUGGGGGCCUCUCCAGACUAUAAAGAUCGCUGUGGUCUGACGGCGCUCUACCACUCCGUAUUGACAGGGGGCGACACGUCCUGCUGUGAAACCCUGCUGUACUACAGAGCUCGCCUCGGGGUCCGGGAUGAGAACGGCUGGGAUGAGUCCCAUCAGGCAUGCCAAAAUGGUUUUGCUCAACACUUAGAGCAUCUGCUGUUCUAUGGAGCGGACACCACUUCCCAGAAUGCAUCAGGAAACACAGCGCUGCACAUAAGCGCUCUGUACAAUAAGGAGAGCUGCGUCCGAGUCCUCCUCUACAGGGGAGCCAAUAAAGAGAUAAAGAACAAGCAUGGCCAAACCCCCUUUCAGGUGGCUGUGAUGUCCGGCCAUUUUGAACUUGGAGAGAUCAUUAAAAAUCAUAAAGACACAGAUGUAGUUCCGUUUUUGGAGUCUCCCAAAUAUGCUCCUCAGCGAGUUGAGAGUGGGCGGAUUCUACCUGUGUCUAUGGCCCUCCCCCACCCCCACCCACUCUUACGAGCCAAGAGUGAGAAUACCAUGGCCACGUCCUCUGACAUCGUAGCUCCACCCAUCACUGCACCUGUACAGGGUCAGCGUCGGGCAUCUUUUGCACUCAGGAGCUCCAGUAGUCCUCGCGGGGCCAGAACCCGGUCUCCAUCCCGGGGGAGAGUGGGGGAGCCUGAGAGUAAACAGCAGAAACAGCGCGGUAGGCAGGGGGGUGGUGGGGGUCAGAGGAGAAGGCUGUACAGUGCAGUUCCUGGACGCGUGUUUGUAGCGACGCGAUCACAUUCCGCUCAGGGAGAGCGCGAGAUCAGCCUCAGCAAGGGAGACAAGGUCAAAGUGCUGAGUGUUGGAGAGGGAGGGUUUUGGGAGGGAACAGUUAAAGGUCGCACUGGCUGGUUCCCUUCAGAAUGUGUAGAGGAGGUUCUGCCCCAGAACCAGGAACCAAGACCAGAGAGUCGCAGUGAGAAGGCUAAGAGGAAGUUAUUCCGCCAUUACACUGUAGGAACAUACGACGGGCUGGAGAUACCCAGUGAUUACAUCAUAAAGGAGAAGUCUGUUCUUCUGCAGAAGAAAGAAAAUGAGGGCUUUGGCUUCGUUCUCCGAGGAGCUAAAGCUCAGACUCCCAUUGAGGAGUUCACUCCCACUCCAGCUUUUCCUGCUCUUCAGUAUUUGGAGUCUGUGGAUGAAGGAGGCGUGGCCUGGAGGGCGGGGUUACGAAUGGGAGACUUCCUGAUUGAGGUGAAUGGGGUGAAUGUGGUGAAGGUGGGCCACAGACAGGUGGUCAACAUGAUCCGUCAGGGUGGGAACAGCCUCAUGGUGAAGGUCGUCAUGGUAGCUCGCAAUCCUGAGAUGGAGGAGGUGCCUAAGAAAAAAGCUCCACAGCAGACCAAGCGGCUGACCCCCCCUGCCAUCACCCUGCGCUCCAAAUCCAUGACCUCAGAGCUGGAGGAGAUGGUAGAAAAAGCUGCUUCACCAUGGAAGAAGAAGCCAGAUCAGUCCGAGAGCUCUCAGCCUCCUGAUAAGAAGAGGAGUGUUUACCAAAUGGCACUUAAUAAGCUGGACGAGAUUCUGGCCGCUGCUCAGCAGACAAUCAGCACAUCUGACUCUCAGGGUCACCGGGGUCACGGAGGCAAGAAGGAGCGGAACAAGGGCUUCUAUGCUAAUGAGCAAAGUUUUGACCAAUCAGGAAGUGUUGGCAUGAUGUCAUCAGGGUCUGGGUAUGGUUCUAAUUAUGCCCAGUUUUCAUCAGGCCACGCCCCGCAGCAUGGUAUGAUGCUUCGUCAGAAAUCUGUUGGAGUAGCGGAGGAGGAAAGGGGGCAUUUGCACCCCCCAACUAUGAAACUCUCUCGCAGCCUGUCCGUCCCGGGACCAGAUGACAUCCCACCUCCCCCUGAGACGUCUGCACCAGAACCACCCCUGCCUGCUACCAGGAGAGUGGAGCUAACCCACGCUAACCCUGCCCCUCCAAUGCCCCCUUCCCACUACCUUCCCCAUGGCCAGGUGCCAAACCGGGCCCCUCCACACCCACCCCCUCGCAGGGUGGAGGCUGAUACUGGUAGGAGAGGAGGAGCUAAGAUGGGUGGUCUAAGGCGUGGUUACAGCAGUGCCACGCCCCCCUCUGACAUGGCUCCAAAGCAGCUGCCAGCACAGCGCAGCCAAUCGCCAGGUGUGGCCAAAUCGGCUGGUCGGCGAGGAGGGAAGGGGCCUCUGUUGAAGCAGCGUAAGGUGGAGGAGGGUGGGGCUGGGCAGACAGAAAAGAGCUCAAUCCCCAUCCCGACCAUCAUCGUGAAGGCACCUUCCACCAGCAGCUCCGGACACAGCAGCCAGAACAGCAGUGUGGAGGCAGAGCCUCCUCCACAGCUGGAUGAUGAAGAGGAGGAGCCUCCCAGCCCUGAGACUCCUCCAGGCCUACCACCUGUCCUGCCACCCAUUCACACAUCAGAACGGGCAGAUAUCAGUACUGGAGGCACAGCUAAACGAGAAAGAGAGCGUUACCGAGACUCCCGCAGGAAAAGCACUUCCUUCUACUACUCCUCUGAGGAGGACAUGCUAGAUGAGCCAGACUCUGUCCAAACUCCAUCUGAGUCUGGCACUUCCCCUCGCCUCCGUCCAUCUAAGUCCAUUGAUGAGGGUCUUUUCUCUAGUGAUGCCGGCAGUAUGCCACCUGCUUUUGGGCUGCCGCAGUAUGCAUCUGCCACUCCCCACCAUGCCACCACCUUCAUCCAUCCCCUAACUGGGAAAGUUCUAGACCCUGCAAGCCCCCUGGGCCUGGCACUAGCUGCUCGGGAGCGGGCCCUCAAAGAUGAUCGGCGUACCCGCAGGGAGGAUAGACAUUUUGGCCGACAGUUUUCCACUGCUGGUGCCUUUCCCUCUGCUACCCACAACCCUCAGCACCCACAGCACCCACAGCACCCUCAGCACCCACAGCACCCUCAGCACCCUCAGCACCCUCAGCACCCACAGCACCCACAGCACCCUCUGUACCACCCGGCCUCCUCCACUUACAUGCACCAAUCCCACACUGCCCUCUAUAUGAGUGGCACCGGCACCACUCCUUCAUCUACAGGGCACUCCCCUCUGAGCCGACCCCAGUCUCCCCGGAUGCUCCCCUGGAGUGGGGAGGCUGGGGAUAGAGAAGGCAGAGAAGCUCAGAAGGUACGGUUUACAGCUGACAAAACCAACCAGUAUCAGACUUUCCUUAGAGAUAGGGAAGGGUACGGGAAGGUGCCAACUCAGGCCCCUCGUAGACCCUCCUUACUGCGCAUGGAAAGUGAGGUGAGCAGUAACGCUAUAGGCUAUGUGAGCCAUGCACCCUCUAGCCCUGCCCAGGAACCUGCAAGAGGUGGAGAUAGGGCCGUACAGAAACACAGAUCAACAGACAGAGAGAGAGAUGAAGAAACAGAUGGAGAUCCUGUGGGAGAGAGUGGAGGGGGUGUAAUGGUUUUGCCUCCUCCAGCCCCAUCAGUUGAUGUGGCUGAUGAGUUUGUGUUUGCAGAGCCCCUGCCCCCUCCUCUACAGUUUGCUAAUGGAGAAGACAGAUCAACACAAGGAACAACAGGGUACACCCAUCAACAGCAACAGCAACAUGACCAAAGCCCACAGUCAGCACCACAGUCUCUGCAGGAUCAUAAACUACCCCAGACCCACGAACCCCCAAGACCCACAGAAUCCUCUCAGUCUCUGCCUGAAACGCAGUCCUCACACUUUCACCCCUCUGCAAUUGUUCAUCCUUACCUCUUUCCCCCAUCUCCUCUGCUCCCACCUCCCCAGCUCUGCCCAAAAAUACCCCCGGCUAAUCCACCUCCACCCCCGCAACAAUCCCAGCCACCUCUCCCUUCCCCACAAGCAGGGGACUCUGCUGCCUCCAGUCUGACAUCAUACGACAGUGAAGUGGCUAAUCUGACCCAGUCAGCUCUCUCUCCAUCCCUCCCAUCUCCACAGACAUUCCCUUCAUCCUCCUCUCCCUCUGCUCCACCUACAUCUUCAGACCCCACCUCUUUGCAUAGACCUCAACCACUUUUCUAUCCACCCCAAGACCGCAAUGCUACUCUUACCUAUGCCACGAUGACGACUGCUGCCAUAGCCACAGCAACCGCUGCUGUGGUCACUGUCACCAUGACAACGCCUUCAGCAAGUAUGCCAGUCCUCACGGGGGACCAGCUCCCGCCAGCAACAAAGAGCCAUGACUGGCCAGAAGCAGUGGUGGAUUCUGGGAUUGAGGAGCCGGACAGCCACAGCAGCAGUGACCAUCACACAGAAAAACACAUUAGUGGACAGAAAGAAAAGAGGCAACAAGAGAGGAGGGUUAGCAUAGAGAGUGGCAAACUGAGGGAUGAGGUGAAAGCAGGAAGGAGAGUGUCCCUGGAUUCCUGUCUGUCCAACCCUGACAGACACAAUGUUAAAACACACAAUGACAUGCACUCCAAAAUGCACAUGCACAAAACCAAACCUCCACCACCCCCACACACUAAACCACACACACACAACACAGCCAAAAUACAUGCACACACAGAAGGUGGCCGAAUGGUGCCAACGCUACGGCGACAGACCAGCGCGGCUCCUGGCCUCUACAGGCCAGACGAGGAGAUGAUCGGGGAUAGAGGAGGACUGGAGAUGAUGAUGAAGGCUCCAACUUUUAUGGAUCGACGACUGAACUCUCCACUCUCCAGCAUGAAGGCCAGCAUCAUCAGCGAACUCAGCAACAAGUUGCAGCAGCUAGGGAGUUGGCAGGGCCAAGGGCUGCAGCAGUCCCAAAGGUUUUCAGAAGACCUGUCUUCAUUACUUCCCACAGGUCAUGCCCAGCCAUCCCUCCUCCCCUCCUCUGCUCAGACACUUCAGAGAGCUCUGUCCCCCACUUUACCUACUGUUCCUAUAACCCCGACUAUUAGCCCUAACCCCUUAACUCAGACUCUUACCCCUAACCCCUUAGCUCCAACUAUUAGCCCUAAUUCCUUAACUGCAACUAUUACCCCUAACCCCUUAACUCAAUCUAUUACCCCUAAUCCAUUAACCCCGACACUAACUCCAACCUUACCUUCUAACCCGUUAUGCCCUAAUCCCUUAACAUCACCUCUAACCUCUAACCCAUUAACUCCAAAUCUGAGUCCUAACCCCUUAACUCCUACACUCACAAGUACUCCGGUACCCUCCUCGCCUUUGACACCAACCCUGAACCCAACCCCACUUCCUACUAGCCCUUUGACCCCAACCCUGACCCCUCUUCCUCUCUCACAGUGUUCAGCUCAGCCUCCUGUCUAUACUAACUGGACCCACUCCCCUUCUCCUAUCUCUUUCUCCCACUGUCCUCUCUCUCCUCCCUCUCUCCCCCAUGCUCCUCUCUCUCCUCUCUCCCUUGCCCAUCCUCCUCUGUCCCCUCCAGCUUACGCUCAUCCUCCCAUCUCUCCUAUAUCUCUCUCUCACCCACCUCUUUCUCCUUCUUCUGUGUCUCAUCCCCCUCUCUCUCCUUCCUACUCACCUUACCCCACCUCCCCGAAGCAUCGCGCUAAGUAUCGAGCUAAAGCUAUGGAGUUGUUUUCUGCAUCUGAAUCGCGCCGUUCUGAGUGUCAUGGUCAGCGCCGUCGUGCUCCAAGCCCAUUGAUUUCCUGCUCGGACCGACCUCAGCCAGGUCCACCACGUCCUUCCUCUCUUCCCCUUUUCCCUUCUGCCCCCCUCUAUGGCUCUCCGUUUGACAUGCAGGCCCCUCUCACCCCUCCAUCUACCUCCCAUCCUCUGGCUGAGCAUUUCUUCCCUCAAACUCCACCUCUAAUGCCCUCUUCCUCCCCAGCCCAACCACCUAAUCCCCUGCUAGUCUCUCGCUCUCUCUCCCCUACCCACUUCCUGUCAGGUGGGUCCUCCCCCUCCUGUAUGAGCUACCCACCAACUCUCACACCUCCCCCACCCAAUCGACCUUUUGCAUCCAAACCUCUCCCUUACUGGAGCAAAUACGACGUCGCCGAUUGGCUAACCUACCUGAACCUGGCAGAGCACCGAGAGCGUUUCCUAGACAAUGAGAUUGACGGCUCCCAUCUGCCUUCUCUGACGAAGGAGGACUUCCUGGAUCUCGGAGUGAGCCGUGUCGGACACCGCAUGAACAUUGAACGUGCGCUGAAGAGGCUUACCGACAGGCUCUCCUCUCCUUUCUCUGUCUCCACCGUUUCCUCUGAGGGGCCGAAUGAGCGCCUGCGAGACGAGGGCAGUCAGAGCUGAGGGAGUUUACACUAUAGACAGAACAGGGCUAUGAACUGGGACACCAGUACGAGAGAGAAGAGAGUAUCUCUGAAGAUGGUGUCGUAAUACGAGGAUCAUAGAAAAACUCUAAAAUACACACACAAACACAAUAACAGCAAGACUGAACUCUGCAUUUAACACGGGAUGCUCUUCAAAUCCGUCUUAAUCUGCUCCACCAGUUAAAUUCACCCCGAUCGCCAGAACGAUGGCAGAUAGGAUGUGAUCAGAUGGACGAGUGGGAACUCCAACGCAUUCCUCUCAAUCUUGACCAGGACGGAAGUGAGAGUUGGCUUCCUUGUCGCUGGAAUACUGAUGUGAUUUUGUUUACUCGUGAGGAAGGCAGCGUGAACUCCGAAAUGUAAAGUUUAUUGAUUACUAUAGUAAUACAAUGAUCUUUAUUGUUGUAAAACUGUGUGCAGUUGAUGUUCUUAUCAUCCUUACCAUCAAACACACGCUAACGACGACGAUGAUGAUGAUGAUGAUGAUGAUUAAUGAACAUUAGCUCUAAGAUUUUUAUUUCCAUUCAUAAUAACGGUAACGAUGAAGAUAAUAAUGGUAAUAAGAAUAAUAAUCAGCAUUUAACAGAUAAGUACAUUAACAUUUUAACGCUGUAAGCAUAAUCGGUCUUCCAGAUAGCAGAACGCAGUGAAUUCUCCCUUUGGGUUUAGUUUCUCUUCAUCUGCUCUCUGUACAGCUUACACUCACACACACACACACACACACACACACACACACACACUCACACACACACACUCACACACACACACUCACACCAUGAAUCAGACUCGAACACUCACACCCAUUCAAACGCCGUACAGAUUUAAGUGUGUGUGGGGGGUUUGCUCAGAGAGAAUAGGAUAACUUCAUUUUAUUUGAGAGAAUAUUUUAGGAAAUAGUAAAAUCUAUGAAAUUAUUGAGAACUAUAUACAUUAUGAAGAUGUUUAUGCAGAGUUAUCUAGAUUUAUCAGGUAUUUCUGUUGCUAUGUAAGAAUGAUAAUUAUGAUGGUGAUGAUCUGAGAUUAAUGAUUAAGAUGUUUGAAUAAAUGAUAAUUAUACUCCA